AUGACUCUACCAACACUGGACCACCUAAUGGGCAAGUCGGAUUUCGUCAGUUCGGCCACAAUGAUGGCAUCCGAAUACAAAAGCCACGGCGGCUACAACACCAAAGGAAGAAGGCCGGACGGAAGCUCAGAAACACCCCGAUACCUGGGUGAAAAGGAAAAGGAGGGGACAGAUGAGAAGAUGAUCGAGGAGUCGCAAGGCGGGAAGCAGUUCGUUGGAAAUACUGUGAGGUGA